CAACAUAGUAAAAGUUACAUUCGUAUUCUAUGCUGCAUUGCAGCUGUCAGUUCCAGCAAAAUAGUUUUAGUUUUUUAGUAAAUAGUUAUAGUAACAAAAAUUUGAUUAACUUCCGUUGUCUUCAAAAUUCGAGGUGAAUGUUUUAUUUACCGUGAUAUUGACGCAGUCUGAAAAGAUGGCAAGAGGUCAACAAAAAGUACAAUCGCAACAGAAAGCCGCAGAGAAAGCAGCUAAGUUAAAAAAACAACAAGGGCACAGUGCCAAUGAUCAAAAAAAAGCUGCACAAAAAGCCUUAGUUCACGUUUGUGCUAUUUGUAAGGCACAAAUGCCCGACCCAAAGACCUACAAACAGCAUUUUGAAAAUAAGCAUCCUAAACUGGAAGUGCCUGAAGAGCUAAAGGACCUUUGAAAAUUCUUCAAAUAGCAGCAGUUUAAAAUUGCAUAUGACACUUAUUCAUUCCUCUGGAAUUAUUUGCUGUUAAUUUUUAUUCUUUUGGUGAUUUCCUAUGUUUUUACAAUAAAUGAAAAAAAUACUACACAA